AUGGCGGGAAAGGGGAAAGGACGUGCAAUUGGGAUCGAUUUGGGGACGACGUAUUCGUGUGUGGCAGCAUGGAAGCACGACCGCAUUGAGAUCAUACCGAAUGAUCAGGGUAACCGAACAACGCCUUCUUAUGUAGCCUUCACUGACGUUGAGCGCCUGAUUGGCGACGCUGCUAAGAAUCAAGUUGCCAAUAAUCCGAUCAACACUGUUUUCGAUGCAAAGAGGCUGAUUGGUCGCAAAUUUAGUGACCCAACUGUUCGCAGUGACAUGAAAUUCUGGCCAUUCAAGGUUAUUUCAGGCGCCGGUGACAAGCCUAUGAUAGCGGUAACCUACAAAGGGGAAGAGAAACAGUUUUCAGCUGAGGAAAUAUCCUCAAUGGUGCUUACUAAGAUGAAGGAUAUCGCUGAGGCAUAUCUUGGAACAACUGUCACGGAUGCAGUGGUGACAGUGCCUGCUUAUUUCAACGACUCACAGCGUCAAGCCACCAAGGAUGCCGGAACUAUUGCUGGCCUUAAUGUUAUGAGGAUCAUCAAUGAGCCUACUGCUGCAGCCAUUGCUUACGGUCUUGAUAUAGAGUCUACUAGAUUUGUCCCAAAGAAUGUGCUGAUUUUUGACCUUGGUGGUGGAACCUUUGAUGUGUCUUUGGUGACUAUUGAGGCGGGAGUCUUUGAAGUGAAAGCUAUUGCCGGUGAUACUCAUCUUGGAGGCCAGGACUUUGACAACAGAUUGGUCAAACACUUCAUAAAAGAGUUCAAGCGCAAGACGGGGAAGGAUAUAAGUGGGAAUCCGAGAGCGGUUAGGAGACUGGUGACUGCUUGUGAGAAGGCAAAGAGGAUCCUUUCAUCCUCUUUUCAAACCACAAUUGAGAUUGAAGCCCUGUUUGGGGGGAUUGAUCUUUUUUCUACUAUCACUCGUGCUAAAUUUGAUGAACUUAAUGUUGAUUUAUUCAGCAAGUGUGUGGAGCAGGUGGAGAAGUGCUUGGGGGAUGCGAAGAUGGCAAAGAGUCUCAUCCAUGAAGUAGUGUUGGUUGGGGGAUCGAGUAGAAUUCCAAAGGUACAGGAGCUAUUGCAGAAGAUGUUCAAUUGGAAGAAGAUGUGCAAGACCAUCAAUCCAGAUGAAGCUGUGGCACAUGGUGCCGCUGUGCUAGCUGCUAAGUUGAGUGGUGAAGGCAACGGGAAGGUGCAGAAUGUGGUUCUUUUGGAUGUUACUCCUUUGUCCCUUGGUAUUGAAAUUGCUGGAUAUCUGAUGUCAGUAAUUAUUCCGAGGAAUACAUGUAUCCCGACAAAGAGGGAAGAAAUUUUCUCCACUGAAGAGGACAAUCAGACCUGUGUAACAAUCAAGGUGUAUGAGGGUGAAAGAAGCAGGUCAACAGACAACAACCUAUUAGGCCAAUUCGAUCUCCUAGGCAUUCCAGUGGCGCCCAGACGAGUUCCUAAAAUCAAAGUGUGCAUCGACAUUGAUGCGAAUGGUAUCAUGAGCGUGUCAGCAAAGGACAUGGGUACCGGGUUGAAGAACAAGAUCACCAUCACCAACAGCACGGGUAGGUUGUCUAAGUCUGAAAUCGAUCGCAUGAUUCAGGAUGCAAGGAAGUACAAGUUGGAGGAUGAGGAGUAUAAGAAGAAGGUUGCAUCGUUGAAUGCUUUGCAGGACUACGCCUACAACAUGAGGAAAGCCAUUAGAAGAUCAGCCAAGCGCGGAGCAGCAGACAGGAAGAAGAUAGAGGAUGCUUACGAGUCGUUUAAACAGUGGCGACACUUCAAUCAACAUGCACAUGCUGAUGAUUAUAAAAAGAAGAUGAAAGAGCUCGAGUAUGUUUUCGGUCCCAUCAUCACCUAUAUGGAUUAA